CUUCCGAGUCUCCAGGUUCUGCAUGCUCCAUCCUCAUCCAAAGUUGUGUUACAUGAAUCUCCAACUCUCAAGUCUGCUGACAAAAAAAAGGCCAGGAAGAAAAGAAAAAAAGGUUCUUUCCGAUCAUCGUUCUCUUCUGUUUUGGUCUGGAUACUGAAAUCACAGGUCAUAUGCUCUUCUUUGCAUGGCUCCAGCUUUUCAUCAGAAGCAAAUUCAGAUCUCAUCAUAUAUUUUUUGGAUCCUUCGGAUCCCGUUUUUUACGUCAAAUUGUCAUCUCCUUAUCGAGAAUUUAUGUUCUACAUCCUCCUCAUCUUCUGUGCAGGCGUUUCCUUUGAGAUUCUUGCUGGCAAUAACAUGAACAUGGAUAAGACACCAAUCGCAGGCGACGGCGGCGGCGAUGCAGGAGGCGGCGGCGGCGGCUCCGGCAAUGGUCCGGAGAUGCAAUCCUCGUUGGACGCGGUGGCGCCUUCGCCGACUCCUCAUACGGAGUUGGACAUCAGCAGCAUGCCGGACACCCCCCUACGCAAGCCCGGCCACCGGCGCGCGCUCUCAGAGAUCAUCGGCCUCCCCGACGACCUGGACCUCGGCGGCCCCGGCGCCGGCGACGCGCCCGCGCUGUCGGACGAGAACGAGGAGGAGCUCUUCUCCAUGUUCCUCGACGUGGAUAAGCUGAACUCGCGGUGCGGGGCGUCGGAGUCGGAGCCAUCGUGCGCCAUGGCCGGCGGUCCGGGAGAGGCAACGGAGACGUCUGCGGCGGCGUCUGGGGCAGCGCAGGGGCAGAUGCAUCAUCACAACCGGCACUCGAUGGACGCCUCGAGCUCCAUCGACGCAGAGCAUCUGUUUGGGACAACGGUGACGGAGGGGGUGUCGCCGGCAGAGGCGAAGAAGGCGAUGUCUGCCGCAAAUCUUGCCGAGCUUGCCCUAAUCGAUCCAAAGAAAGCAAAGAGGAUUAUAAAUAAUAGACAGUCGGCGGCAAGAUCAAAAGAAAGGAAGAUGAGGUACAUUGCUGAGCUUGAGCGGAAGGUGCAGUUCAUGCAGAGAGAAGCCACAGCACUGGCAACCCAGCUGGCAUUGCUACAGAGAGACACGGCUGGGCUGACUGUUGAGAACGGCGACCUGAAGAUACGUCUGGAGAGCACAGAGCAGCAGAUCCACCUACAAGACGCACUGAACGGGGCCCUGAAAUCGGAGAUGCAGCGGCUGAAGAUGGCGACAGGGCAGGCGGGCAACCAGAUGAUGAACUUCGCCGAACCGCCGCACACGUUCGGCGGUGCGAACCAGCAGGUCUUCCACCACCCGGGCCAAGCAGUGCCGCCAUUCCUGGUGGCGAUGCAACAGCAGCAGCAGUUGCUGCUGCCGCACAUGAACCAGCCGUUGCACCCUCUGCAGAGCCAGCAGCUGCAUCAGGCGGCGACGCUCAGCAUCGACAUGGAAGGGCUGCCGGCGGCUCCACCUGGCCAGUGGCAAUGGGGUGGUGACACGUGGUCGGAGAGCAGCAGUAGCUGAUUCGGCGGCGACGACGACGUGGGUUGUGGAUGUAUGCCAUGUUCGCAUGAUUAGGAUAUACUACCUCGUUUUGUCAUCCACUAGUUUAUUUUUAUCUAAACUGUGAUAAAUAAAUAAAAACGAAAGGAGUAUAUAUUGUACGU